AUGGAAACUGAAGCUGCCCCUAUUAUUCCUACAACUACCUCUAUAUCCCCUGUUGACUGCACUAAGGCAUUCAAUGAGCUUAACUUGAAAGAAAAAUUGUAUGCAUACUACUUUUCUUAGGCUUCUUGGGUAGGAUCUAAAAUUUGCUACUUUUAAAGAUCAUAUGAAUCACCUGCCUUAUUUUACCUUUUCCAAAAAAUAUUUUUGAAUGAAACUCCUGAAGAGGUCAAACAAAAGCUCUUACAUAAUGGUUUUGAUGAAGUUUAAGUUUAGCAAAUAUUUGUUUACAUAGGUACUUUCUUUGAAAACUGCGGAAAUUUCAAGAGCUUUGGUGAUUGUAAGUUCAUCCCAGAAAUAUCUAAAGAAAAAUUCUUAGAAUUUAUAAAACUCACUAAAGCCUACACUAUCUACUAGCCUUAAUUCGACUUUGUAUGGGAAAAUACAAACUAUGAGUUGUACGCUUAUCACAAUCCCUACUAGAUUAUUGAGUUUAUUAAUAACUAAGGACAUACAUCAUAUUAUAGCUCUAAUAUAUCAUAAUAAAAUGCAGAAUAGAUUAGCAAGUUUAUGGAAUAAAAGGAUAUCAAUUUGUCUCCUUUAAAUACAAGAUUACUUAAGCAUAGUGAAACUGAAUAUGAAAUAUUAGUCGCCUCAAUAACUAAGGAUCUAUAACCAGAAAAAGACUAUGAGUUUGAAGGACUAAAGAUUAAAAUUACUUAUGGUGACUUUAAGCCUUUCUUAGCUUCUUUAAAUGGAUAUCUUGAAAAAUGUAUAAAGCAUGCAGAAAACGAUCAUCAAGUAGAAAUGAUCAAGUCUUACUUGAAGCAUUUCGAAAAUGGUUCUAUUGAUGAACACAAAAAUUCCUAAAGACAUUGGAUUAAAGAUAAGGGUCCAAUAAUUGAAACAAAUAUAGGAUUUAUAGAAAGUUACUUAGAUCCUUUAAAAGUUAGAGCAGAGUUUGAAGGCUUUGUUUCAGUUGUUAAUAAAGAAGAAUCUAAAAAAUUAGAGGAAUUAGUAUCAAAAGCAGAAGGAAUCAUUUCUCAUUUACCUUGGCCUAAGGAAUUCGAAGUUGAAAAGUUUACAAAGCCAGAUUUUACUUCUUUAGAAGUAUUGACUUUUGCAAGCUCAGGUAUACCUAUUGGUAUUAAUAUUCCUAAUUAUGAUGACAUUAGACAAACAGAAGGAUUUAAGAAUGUUAAUUUAGGAAAUGUCUACUCAACUCCUAAAAAAGAAAAUGUUUUGUUUGCUAACGAAGCUACUGCUGAAUUAUAUUGCAAAUAUUUCAAAGAUUCUUUGUUUGUUAUUGUUGCACUUCAUGAAUUAUUAGGGCAUGGAACAGGUAAGUUGUUCCAAAAGAAAGAAGAUGACACACUUAAUUUUGAUUAAGAGCACUUACUUCAUCCUAUUCUUAAUACUAAAAUUGAUACUUAUUACGAUAAGAACGAAACUUGGCAUUCAAAGUUUGGAGAUAUUUCUUCUAGCUAUGAAGAAUGUAGAGCUGAUUCAGUUGCUAUUUAUUUAAGUUGCUUCUAAGAAAGUUUAGAUAUCUUAAUUCCUGAAUAUUCUAAAGAAGAGUAAAGUGAUUUAGUAUAUAUAGCUUGGUAUGAAAUUGUAGUAAGUUCUAUUAAAGGUUUAGAAUAUUACAAUCCAGAACUAAAAAAAUGGGGUCAAGCACAUACAGCUGCAGCUUAUGCAAUUACAAAAGUAUUAAUUGAAGCAGGAUAAGGCUUAGUCACUAUUGAGAAAACAGAAAAAGAAGGAAAGCCUUAUGUCUAUAUUCAUCUUGAUAAAAGCAAAAUUUGGACUGUUGGAAAAGAAGCAAUGAGAAAGUUCUUGAUUGGAUUACAAGUUUACAAAAGUACUGGUGAUUCCGUUAGAGGAAUUGAGUUCUUUAAUAAAUAUUUAGCUGUUGACGAUGAAAUGUUAGAAUACAGAAAAAUAGCUUUAGAUAACAAGAAACCUCGUAAACUUAGUUUGUAAAGUCAUGUAAAAUUAGUUGGUAAUGAAGAAAAUGUUGAGUUAGUAAAUUUCGAAAGUACAUUUGAAGGAUUAAUCAAAUCUUUUACCCACCACUAUGAAGGAUAAGUAGAUGAUGUUUACACUGAAUGGCUUAAAUAUCAUAAUGAAUUCCGUAUCAAACACAAUAAAUGA